GGAAGCGGAAGUGCCGCUUGGGCCCAGGUUUCCUCUGUCAUGUGACGGAGUUAGGCUGUUGGUCUCAGUCAGGGAGCCCCGAGCGGACAUGGGCUGCUGUUACAGCGGGGAGACCGACACCGGAAAGGGGGACCAGGGGGAGAGAGAGCACCUAUUACCCCCAAACCAGACGCUUCCCAACAGGACGCCAAAUGGAUCGGAACCUAGUUCUAUCAACAACCCGGCGGCUCGAACAGAUGAGCAGGCCCUACUGUCACGGAUCCUUGCAAGGACGGCUCAAAACAUCAUCGAUGUAUCGGCCGUGGAAUCCCAGGGUAUGGAACAACAUGAGUGCAUGGACAGAGCGAGACAGUACAGCACACGCCUCGCAAAAUUAAGCAACAACCUGACGCACUGGAAGAAGCUGCCGCCACUGCCCUCUCUCACUGCUCAGCCUCACCAAAUACUCGCCAGUGACCCCGUUCCCUACUCAGACAUACAACAGGUUUCAAAGAUAGCUGCUUACGCCUUCAGUGCACUUUCACAGAUCCGAGUGGACGCAAAAGAGGAUCUUGUUGUACAGUUCGGGAUUCCGUAAUCCCGUAGCACAUUUACACUUUCCGUCUCCCUCUGGCCCUCACGCCGUUAUAUUUUUCUUUCUUUCUGUUUUUUUUCCCUCUCUUUAUCAUAAAGGGUUUCUGUGUUUCUUUUUUUUAACAUUAUUAGGUAAACUUUUGCAGCACAAGUUUUUCCAAGCCUCGCAGAGUAACUUGGUCCUCUCUCUCUCUUCCUACUGAAUCACCCCUAACUACUCUCCUUGUCUAUUGCACUGAUCAUUACUAUUGUAGCAGUCAGGACCUCACGCAGAUCACAAUAUUUCAUCCUGGAAAUACGGCAGUUGUUUCAUGUGCAGAUUUUUGAGUGCUGUAGGGAAUGUAUCUGCUGAAAAAAAGAAAGUAUUGUUUGAGGAAAAAUUUUUGGGUUAAAAAAAAAAAUAAUUAAAAUAAAGGUUUAUUUAAAGCACUUCCAGGAACAGAUUUUAACGAGCCACACAGAGACGGGGCAAUAUUUGGGACGUAGUUUUGAGGUUCUUGAUUGAGGUCUGUAUAAAGAAUUUAUGAAUAAAAUGAUCUAUAUAUUUCACACCCAGCGUUCUGAUACAGAUGUUUGCGUGGCGGUGCUGUGGUCGGAUCACAACGUACGGAGGUAUUUAACUUAUUGGGAUUUCGGCGUACAUCUGGACGCUUGAAGAGCUUGUGGUCGGGGACUCGGCAGCUCCGUGCGAACCCUGCGACUUCCACAAGUACAGGUUCACAGCCGCCACGGCUGCUCGACGGCAAGGAGCGGCGUCUCCGUGGCGCGAUAGGCCGUUGGAGCAGUUGCUUCUUGCCGCGGCUUUCUAACACGCAAACGAUACCCCGACCCUUUUAUUGCGUCUGGAGUGCGCCUGUCAUAAUCGUACACACUGUAAUCCUACUAAUUUAACUAAUGAACUGCAUUUAUUAGGCAAUCAUGUUUUUUUUAUACAUAUAUAUCAACAGUUGUGGCAAAUCAAUGUAAAAUUGUUAACCCUUUGGGAAAUAUGCAUUUUCACCCUUUAUUUUACCAUUUUUUAUUAUUUGCUCACACUAGAUUAAAUUUAUUCCUCAGUA